GACUGGAUUGCGGCUGCGCGCGGCGCUGUACGUUGUCGGGUGACGCGAUUUGUAAGGAGAACGACGGACAGAGAGAGAGAAAGAAGAUAGGUGAAAAGUGAGCUUGCUGUAGGGGAGGGGCAGCAGUACCCUUUUAGCUCCUCCACACAGACGAAAACCAAACAAGCCUGCCCUAAAAACAACCUAUAUCCAACUGAUCGGCGAUCUACCACUGCAACGGAAUCGGCCGGUUAUUCGAUUCAGAACCGUCCGACUCGACUCGGCUCUAGUCACGCCGCUUCAACAGCCCAGAGGCCGCCGAAAUAACCCCAUCGCCAUUAUAUGAUCCACUUCCCAGCGUCGCUGCUGCCCUCCAUGUGGGUGAGGGACCUGUGCGUGUCGGGCUAUGGCGAGAAAAACAGUUAGCAGGAAAAGGAAAGCAGAGGAGCCCAAGGAACAACAGUUUGACUGGUGUCAGUCUGCGAUUAAGCGUGCCCGCGUGUCCAGCUCAGCGCGUCAUGCCCAGCCCUGGUGGCAGAACCAGCAGUCGGUGGUGUGCUCCGUGAGAGGAAGGGAGUUCCGCCCGCAGCAGCAGCAUGAGUGGAGCUUCCAGCAGAGUCUGCGCGGAUUCGCUGCCGGACGCAUCCCAGGAAUCCUCAGAGAGAGAGAGUUCUCCCUCGGCCGCCUUAACAAGGUGUUUGCUUCCCAGUGGCUCAACCACAGGCAGGUGGUGUGCGGGACCAAAUGCAACACGCUAUUUGUGGUGGAUGUCCUCUCGGGACAGAUAACCAGGAUACCCAUGCUGAAAGACAGGGAGGGAAGGGCAGAGGUUUCCCAGGGUUUGAGUGGAGUGGGAGGCAAUUUCGACUUCCGCAAUACAGGAUCAGUCGUCGGUCUAGAUGUCCAGCAGGGAUGUGGCAUCCACGCCAUUGAGCUGAACCCCUCUCGUACAUUGCUGGCCACUGGAGGAGACAACCCCAACAGUCUGGCAGUGUACAGUCUUCCCACUCUUGACCCUGUCUGCGUUGGGGAUGACGGACACAAUGACUGGAUAUUUUCCAUUGCAUGGAUCAGUGACACCAUGGCAGUCUCAGGAUCUCGUGACGGUUCCAUGGGUCUGUGGGAGAUAUCAGAGGAGGUGCUGACUCAGGCCGAGAAGUGUCAGAAUGUGGAUGGUGUUCCUUGUUACUCGCACAUCUCUCACCGCGCUCUCAAGGACAUCCCGAAAGAGUACACCCACCCCUACAACUGUAAAGUGCGCGCACUGGCCUUCAACAACAGCCAUAAGGAGUUGGGUGCUGUUUCUUUAGAUGGAUAUUUCCAUUUGUGGAAGGCAGAAGACAACCUGUGCAAGGAGCUUUCUACCAAACUCCCUUACUGUAAGGAGAAUGUGUGUCUGGCAUACGGUAUGGACUGGUCUGUUUAUGCAGUCGGCUCUCAGGCACACGUUUCCUUUCUUGACCCUCGGCAGUCAUCUCAGAACAUCAAAUCCGUGAGCUCCAGGGAGCGAGGCAGUGGUAUUCGCUCUGUGAGCUUCUAUGAACAUAUAGUGACGGUAGGCACUGGCCAAGGUUCCCUGCUCUUCUAUGAUAUCAGGGCCCAGCGUUUUCUGGAUGCUCCAUCAAGCUCACCCAGCGGAUACCGGAAUCGCACCGCAGAGGGCAUCCUGAAACUCAACACAGGGAGAGGAUGGCUGAAUCACGACGAAACAUGGAGAAGCUACUUUUCCGACGUCCACUCUUUCCCGAACGCCAUAUACACACACUGCUACGACGACUCCGGCACCAAACUCUUUGUGGCUGGCGGCCCCCUGUGUUCUGGCCUACACGGAAACUACGCUGGCCUUUGGAGCUAGCCUCUGUCCUCCCAUUUAUCUCUCACAUACCAUCUGCUUACAGGCCAUCUUCCAUUUUUCUUCUCACUCUUUUACACUUCGGUUUUGUUUCUCUCUAUCCUCUAUUUCUCAAAAGGCUCCAGAGCACGGAUGUGAUUCUCAACCCUUUUUGUGCUUGGUCUUAUGUCUUUCUAUUUUUAUUUGCCAGUUGUACUCCUGGAUUUACAUGUGCGUUUUUUUUUUUGUGGGUGUGUGGAGAAAAAAAGGCAAAGAAAAGGCGUGACAAACACUGAUGCCUGAAGGAUGAAGGAGGUUUUUUUUCCUCUGUGCAUCGGCUGCCUGAACCUUUGAGAACUGUGGAAUACUGUCAAAUAUGUGAAAAUAUUUAACAGUCGUUCUGGGCAUUAAGGUUUUUAUAUAUAUAUAUAUAUAUAUAUAUAUAUAAGGCAUGGCAUUUUGAGUUUGUUUUGCUGUGUGUUUUUGCAAGACCUGCUGAUCAGCUCCUUUUCUUGGCUCGCAGUGGAAUGAUAUGACAUUGUAGAUCCUGAAAAGACUGAGAAUCGGUAUUCAAAGAUGAAUAUUGGUGAAAUGAAUGGACAGCCUGACCUGUAGCCUCACUGUGGACACUGAGGUCAAGACUGCAGUUUUAUGAAGAGCAUGGAGUGAACAUGGACAUGAGUCGGAUAGCGGCCAGCGAAGAAUCACCCACUGUUUUUCUUUUCCCCUUUGUUUUCCAAAAUAAUGGCAGGGAGAGACAAUCGUAAGAAAUCACAGAUACCGUUUGUGUUCUGUUUGAGGUAUCUUGGAGAAUGCCUCUUUUUAUUGCUGAUUCUGUACUAAAACACGCAUAAGCUCGCAUCAAGAUUGCAAUUUUACCUCUGUGACAUUUAGACGUCCUAUUUAUUUUCUUUUGUUGCCGUCACUAGCACUCAUGACGUUCAGGUACAAUCAUAUUUGUUAGGAUUUUUGCUUCUCAUCAUCUUCUCUGCUUAAAGGCAGGGCAGUGUUGUGUGACAUUGUUGCCUUUUCAGAGUCUUUCUGUGAAAGACUGUUGCAGAUUGAAUUUGUUUGGCUUUUUUUUUUUUUUUGUCUUUUUACAUGAUAAUCUUAAUGGAAUUGUCACAAAAUUGCUAGUACAACACCGUAACAGGCAAUAUAUUAAGCAGAAAUUACCCAUCACUUUUAAAAUGUAUUUUAUAUAUAAAUGUAUGUGUAUACAUAUUUGGAAACUAAUAGAGGGAAAAUACAAUUUAUGUAAAUUUUAGAGGAUAUAUGUGCGUGUGUGAGUGAACUAAGCUGUCAUUAUUUUGGUGGUACUUUUUUUUUUUUUUUAUACUCACUUCCUGAAUGUUUUUACAGAUUACAGGUGUAAAGAUAUUGUACAAUAUCAAAACAAAAGAACAGCAACAUGAGACAUUCUUCAAAAAGAACAUGAAUAAAAGUUUAUUGAUGUAUUUUUCUUCCA